CCCGCGGGUGCCCCCGCCCCGCCGGGAGGCAGGCGCUAAGGGCAGCGCGACGCCCUGGGCCCGGGGGCCGCGGCCUUUCGCCCUCCCCUCGGGCUCCCCUCCCACCCUCCACCCCGCGGGGAGGAUGCGGAGGCACCGGGGCCCCGCAGCACCCAGGGACGCGGAGGCGGCGGCGGCGGCGAGGACAUGAGCCCGGGGGGCGGCCGGGCCCUGGGGCCGCUCCUGCUGCUGCUGCUGGUGCUGCUGCAGUGCGCGGGGCGGCGGCGGCGGGCAAUUGUGAACAGAUCAGUUGCAGAUGUCUGUGCAACUUGCCACAUUCAUGCUACGUGUCAUCAAAUUGAAGGAAAAAGCGUCUGCAUCUGUAACUAUGGAUUCGUAGGCAAUGGAAGAACCCAUUGUCAAGAUAAAGAUGAAUGCCAGAUUGGAGCCAGCAAGAUCUGUGGAAAUCAUACACGGUGUCAUAAUACACACGGAAGUUUUUACUGUGUUUGCCUUGAUGGAUACCGAGCCUCCAACAACAACAAGACAUUUAUUCCCAAUGAUGGCACGAACUGUACAGAUAUAGAUGAAUGUGAGGAGUCUGGGCUGUGUGGUCGCAAUGCAAGAUGCGUGAAUACUGAAGGAAGCUACAAGUGUUACUGCAAUGAUGGUUAUAAAUUAGAAAAUGGAGAGCGUUCUUUUCAUCCAGAUGGGAACAUAGUUUCAUGCAAAGAAAUUGGAUGUGGUUCCCCUCCUGAAAUGAAGCAUGGCUACAUUGUGGGGAACUACAGUUUGCUACCAGGAAGUGCGGUUCAUUAUGAAUGUAAAGAAGGGUUUUACAGCAACGAGGGAAAGUCCUCAUAUUGCACUGCACAUGAAACUUGGGAACCUGCCACUUUAAGCUGUAAAGGUGUAGACUGUGGGGUUCCACCUUCUGUUCUAAAUGCACAUCCAGCAUCUGUAAGUGGGACCACGUAUGGAAGUGAAGUUACUUACAAUUGUGUUCAUGGUUACUUUAUUGCAAGCGGCAAUCAGACUGCAGUCUGCAAUGCCAAAGGACAGUGGGAUGGUACUGAUUUGGUGUGCAAAGAAAUAGACUGUGGCAAACCUUUGCUGAUUCCACACACAGAAAUGAUCUGGGACAACUCUACCACUCUAUGGAGCAGAGUGUACUAUCAGUGUAAAGAAGGAUAUUAUUUUAAUGGAGACAGGAAUUUUUCAGAAUGCACAAUAGAUCAGUCGUGGGAGAAUAUUACAUACAUAUGCAAAGAGGAGGAAUUAUUCAGUAAUUUGUCCAUAUUCAAUGAAACAUGUAUGAAGUGGCAAAGGAAGACUGGAAGGCUGGGAGUGCAGGAAACGUACACAUUUCACAUACUGGGCCAAAGAUGGGAUGAGAAGACGUUCUCAGAAGAUGCGAUAUUUAACAUCACUACAAGUGAAGAUAAUCCAAAGGUGUGUUUACAUCUCAACUCUGGCAGUAACUACGUGGUGAAUAUUAGUACCAUCUCUUCCACAAACAUCACUGUCUCAGUUACCGUAGCAGUUCAAACAGAGGUAAAGGAAGCUUUCAAUAAUAUAUUAAUUUUUAAUGAUACCUGCUUGAAAUGGCGGAGAAAUGUCAGGGGAACUGAUGUGGAAGACAAAUACACAUUUCAUGUGCAAGGCCAGCGUUGGUAUCAGAAGGAGUUCUUUCAUGAAAUGACCUUCAACCUUACCACACACAAGCAGGCUCCAGAAGUUUGUCUUGAUUUGCAGCCAGGCACCAAUUACUCUGUCAAUAUUUCCAUGGUAGCUUUGAAUUUUUCACUGCUUGUUUCCAUGACGACACGAAUCACAGAUCCCCCUUUCCCAGAUGUAGAAUUUGUUGCAGUAAAAGGUUCUGCGCCCUUGCUCAGACUCCGGAAAGCAGAAGAUCGAAAUGGACCGAUCAGUCUUUAUCAAGUGAUUGUGCUUCCUCUGGGUUUGCAAAGCACUUUUAUUUGUGACUCCUUUGCUGCUGCAACUUUCUUUAGUAACACCACUGACGUUAAAGGAUAUGUGGCAGCUGAAUUUCAGGCGAAGGAUGUUGCUGAUAACAUGUCAAUUGCUCUUGGAGACAGACAUUACUACGGGAAGUUUUAUAAUGCUCCUUUAAAGCUGGGAGAAGAGUAUUGUGUUUUUUUGAGAAUAAUAAGUGAGUGGAAUAAGGUGAGAACACAGUCCUGUGCUGUUUGGGCACAAAUUAAAAAUUUAUCACCCACUCUGCAAUACGUAACUGCUGUUGGAUUAGGGUCAGUUGCUGCUGUCUGCCUUAUACUGUUCCUGUCGUUCUCAGCGGCACGAGAACAUCAGACAGAAUUCUUGGCAGAAAUUAAAGCUGCCCCAUCCCAGUGGAAGGCAGAGAAGGGAAAACCCAGAUGUCAGUUGUGCUCUUAUCUCCACAGCACAGUGCACUCCCCGCCUGCUGCUUUAGCCUGCGAGGCUGUACAUUUAUCUGCUACAAUGGACAGGGCACAAACAGGGAUUACAUCAUCAUUCCUAGAGACUGAAAAUGUCUCUCUUCUCUGAUGUGUUAUCCCCUGAAGUCACCAUAGACAAAAUGCACUCUUCUUACCAAAGCCAGCAUCUGUCGGGUAUGGAUGUAUCUGCAUGGCAUAUAUGUACUAUAGCAUGGGCACUUGAAAUGUGUUUGUUACUGGAAGUGCGAUGUUUAUUGUCUCCCCUUGUUUCCAGAUGGUGUGGUAUGUAAAGGAGAAGCUUCCGUCACAAACAGGUUUGUCAGAGACAUUAGCAUGCGUCCCAUGUGUUGGCCACAGGCUUUCAGCUAUUCCAGCCACAUGAAUGCCUGAUAAUGAGUGUCUGUAUUGUACUUUAUUACAUGAAUAAUCCCCUGAUCCAGUUGAGACUGAGGAUCAACUGCUACUUUAGAUACCUUAGGACUCACAAACUGGCCCAUUAUGAGAGAAAUACAGAUCAACCCCCUAUAUCAGAUAAAGUGCCUAUUGUAUUUCCAAGUAUAAAAGUAGAAGACUUUCAUCAGUCACUUAGGGGUAAUGGUACUUCAAUAACAGGUACAGAGUUGUUAGCCAUGAAAUUGUCACAUUUAAAUAGUGUCAGCAACAGAUGUGUUCCAGAGAUAUUGCAAUCAUUGCUCAGAGCAAUUAGCAAUAAUUGCAAAUAAUAUAGCAAUCUAUAAAACUGUAGUUUGCCAAAAAGCUGAGUAGCUUUAAUGACAUGUGAAACUAAUUUAAAUAAGGAGCUACCUGUGUUAAGUGCAGUUUUGUUAAUCUCUGUUCUAUAAUUACAGCUGAGUAAAGCCAUUAAGUCAUUGUCUGAUUAAUGAGCUGGUGUGUAACAUCUGGUUAGAGUCACUUAAUAAAGUACAAUUUACCAAUUUCCUAUGGCAUACUCCCAGUUAAUAUUUUUUCCUUCUGUAAGAAAUAAUCAAGUGCCUUUGAUUACUUCCACUCCUGUUCAGAAGUUGCUUUGAGAUAUAUUAGCAAAAUCAUUCUGUUAACUAGUGAAAUAAAGAAGCAAGAGUUUCGGUUUUUA